AUGGAACAAGAACAAGUCGGUCAUGUCCCUGCUGCUGGUAAAGCUAGAGGCUUGCGUGCUUGUCUUCUCUGCAGCAUUGUACAGACAGCGGCUGAAUUCCGCAAAUCCGGAUGCCCGAACUGUGAAGAGUUACUCGGCCUCAGGGGGAAUGUCGACAAAGUAUCUGAAUGCACCACAACUGCAUUCGAUGGGAUCAUAGCAAUGAUUAACCCUGAUGAAAGCUGGGUGGCACGUUGGCAGCGGACAGAAAAGUACGUCAAAGGCGUGUAUGCUAUUCGCGUCAGUGGGCGCAUACCACAUGAAGUGGAAGACGAGCUGGUGGAAAGGGGUAUCAACUAUCGACCGAGGGACUCCAUUCAAGAUUAG